AUGCUACAGCUUUUCAUUGUCUCAACUGUGUUAUCAUUGUUGGCAAAUGCUAACAUAAUAGGAGUUAGUGAUGAGCGACAGGCUCUUUACCAGCCAAUCAUUGGUGAAAAUGGUGAAAAAUACUGGCAUUGUUUGAAUGACACUUCAAUAAGACUAUCUUACGACCAGAUUAAUGAUGAUGUUUGCGAUUGUCCAGAUGGAUCAGAUGAACCAGGUACUAAUGCCUGCCCUAAUCCGCCGUUCAAAUUCUAUUGCCGAAACGAAGGACAUUUUCCAAAUUACAUUGAUCAAUUCAAAUUGAAUGAUGGGGUGUGUGAUUACGACCUUUGUUGUGAUGGAUCUGACGAGUAUAAACUAGGCGGUUGUGAAAACAAAUGUAAGGAGAUUCACCGCCAAUUAGAAGAGUACAAGCAUAACAAGUUGUCAUUCUUGAAAAAGGCUAGCGUUAAGAAGGAGCGGACAAUCAAGAUUGCACACGAGAAGAGGUUAAAAUUAAUCGAGAAUUUGAGAAAAUUGGAGCAAAAAGUGCCCGAAUUGAGGUCCAAAUGUAAUAGUUUGAAACUUCAGUCAGAAAACUUGGAUGAUGCUGACGAAUCAGUGUUUGACCACUUGCAAGACUAUUUUGGCGGAUUGGCCGAUAAGGUCAAAUUGCAUAAGCGAGAUAUCCUCCACCAAGAAUCAAAACUUCAAGCUUUGGAAACUAUUUUGAACUUUUUGUCCACCCAUUAUAACCCGAACUUCAAUGACGCUGCGGUCAAAGAAGUUAUUCAAAAGUUUCAAGAAUACAUCUCUAAUAAAGAAGAAGAAGCAUUGGAGGACAUUCACGAGACGAAUCAAAUAAUACAUCAAUUGGUAGAAAAGGCAAAGACAAUGUCUCACCUGGGUGUCGAAAAAGUGAGUCAUUUCACUCCGUCGAUACCAAACAUGAUACGCUAUUACUAUCAGCUUUUCACUAGCAAGUUCUUACCCAAACCAGUAGUAGAGUACAAGUCAGACUUGUCAAGUAACGAAUUAGAUCACGAAGUUGAAAAAUUAGAACAAGAAUUGGAAAAGUUACAAACAAGAAUUCAAAUUAUAAAGGACAAUUUAAGCGCUGAUUUCGGACCAGAUGACAUUUUACGAGCUUAUGAUCAACUAACGUUGUCCAAGGAUUUGGGUGGCUACAAUUACAGAAUCAAUUUAAUCCAAGGGAUAUCACAAGAUGACAUCUUUAUUGGUAAAUUCAAAGAGUACAAAGAUGGAAAGAUCUAUUAUCACAAGGGUGCUCGAUGCUGGAAUGGGCCCAAACGGUCAGCAACAGUGGAAUUUAUUUGUGGCGAAGGGCCCGACUUAGUAUCAGUCAGCGAACCCGAGAAAUGUCAUUACUUUUUCACUAUUCAAGGUGAAUCGUGGUGCAAUUCUAAAACGGAAAAAGACCUCCUCGACGAUUUCAAAAUAAAUUACGAUCUAUUAUAG